AUGGAAGACUGCGUUCAAUGCGUGAACGAACAUUCAGACAACAGAAUAUUCUUAAUUACAUCCGGUACUUUCGGCAAAGAAAUCGUUCCACAGAUUUAUGAUAUUGAACACCUUGGUCAGAUAUUUGUUUUCUGCGGCAAUAUUCAGUCACAUUUGGAAUGGGCUAUAGACUUUAUUGACAAAACACUCAUGUUUGAACAUGAACAAGAUCUCAUAGAAAGAUUGGCAAAUGAACUUGCACAUUAUUUACAAGAAGAUGCCAAAGCAUGUACUGGUGAUCAAGCAGAAAAACUAGCUGAAUGGGCAAACAAAUUAUUUGGAAUAGCCAACAAACUAAGACAACCGUGUGGAUAA